AUGGAUCAACAGCGACUCCGACAAGCAUUCUCGCCCGAAACGGCGGCCAGCAAGAUGACUUUACCAGUCCCGAAACUGGAGCUCGAUUUCCGAAUUUCCGUCGCUCUCAACCCCAUCAUCCCCGUCGGCGAAGGGCCCUGGGGCAAAAGGAACUGGAUCAGCUUCUCGGGGGGACAAUGGGCUGCCAGUUGGGGUCGUGGCACUGUCGAGCCCGGAGGUCAAGACUCCCAACUCGUCCUCCCAGACACCUUACAAACAUACGUCACCACCAACUAUCUCCUCAAGACGGCCGACGCCGAACCCGCGUACAUCACCAUCUCGACGACCGGUUGGCGGACCGGACCCAAGGAAGUUUUGGAGAAAUUGUUUGACCCGGAGUUGGCGAAUGAGGCGAAACCGUCGGAUUAUGUGUUUCGCUUGAGUAUUAAAUUGGAGACGGGCGAUGAGCGGUAUAAGGAUAAGGUCAAUACCGGGUUGUGGGUGGGGAGUGGGGCGAGGAGGGGGAGUGAAGUGAUUUACGAUGCGUAUCGUGUAUUGUAA